GGAACCGAUCUACCUGAACUCCAAGAAGAUUCGAAUCCAAUAAAAGACGUCGGACUCAGGGGUGAAGUCAUAACUGGAGAAGAGACUGAAUCAGAGAACGACUUGAUAAGAUACAGUAACUACAUGUCAGGAGCAGGAUCCACGUUUGGGGGUUUCAUGGCUGAACUUCCUGAAGACAUCAAUGAUAUAACGACAGGUAUGAAAAAAGCCUUAGUUUUGCAAUUGGUAAGAGCGUAAAUUACAAUUUUUAACUGGGUCUUUCAGUAUAUAAGACAGAAAUAAAGCAAGGAAGCACGCUCUAUCAAAUUCCGUCCGCAUGUGCAUCGAGAGCAGUGGCAGCCAUGAACAGCUGAUUCAAGUCAGAACUUAUCAGCAUGAUGUUACCCUAGGAGUAAGGGUCUCACUCGUGAUCACAUGACUCCGUCAUUUACCGCCGAGGUUAAUGCAAAAUCACCAGCCUCAACGUAUCACAGAGACCCUUUAACCUGGAGCUAUGACAUGCCAAUAACAAGGACGAAACAUCUAUCCAUGGCUGCCACUGCAACGGUAUGCCUGUGCGAAUGCGUAAGGAAAUGGCCAGGGUUGGUAGUGUGGGGCCUGCUUUAUUGCUUAAUUUGGGUCUUUCAUUACAUGUUUAAAGCUUGCAUUACUCAGUUCUAGUUCUUUCUUUUGCUAGGAACGAUGGACUCUUUAAAUUUCAAAUACGAUGGUUUAAAGUACAUUUUAGAGAAGAAGUCAAAAAAUUUUGAUGUUCACAGAGUAUUUCAAAGAAUGGUAGGAUAUAACAUACAGACUGAAAAAGAUCUCCGCUUAAAGAGAACUGGUGUGAAAGAUCUCCAAGAGAUGGUGGUGACGGAAUCAUUUGAGAAUAUCAAAGCUUUUGAGGGUGUCAGCGGUGAGCAAAGACUGGCUCAAGAAAACUUCAAUACGGUGAAAAAACUGGGACAGGAAAGAUCAAGGAUCUCAUCCAGAAAGAUAGCUGGAAAAAUUUUACGGAAAGUUGGAAAUGGUGUAGAGACUGCCAGUACUGGCCUUAGUUUCGCUCAGGGAGGAAUUGACACAGCAGCUGGGAGUGAUAUGAUUGACAGAGCUCGUGAUUUGAGAUCUAGGGGUGCAAUCAGCGAGAGUGAAUAUAAUGAGAUGAUGAGAAACGGACGACUUCGAGUUGCUCAAGGAAGCUUUGGUAUAGCCAGUGGAAUGAAAAAUGUUGGGGAAUUUGUUGGAAAAAGAAUUAAAAAUAAUUUAGCAAAAAAAUUUGGCGAAAAGGUGGCGAAGAAAGCCAUACGGUUUGCGCCUUUUGUUGGCAGUGCCAUUUCAAUUGGCACGAGUAUUGUGUCGUUGGCGAAGAAUGCAAUUGCAGCAAGUGACGCUGCAAAACAGGGUAAUGUUGGUAAAGCUGUUAUGUAUGGGGUCAUGGCAGCUGUUGAUGGGGUGACAGCUAUUCUGGACGGAGUAAGUCUAGCCUUAGAUUUUAUUUUCCCGCCAUUGUCGCCAAUCGUAGAUCUUAUCAGUACAAUCUUACAGGUGGUGAAUACAGUUCUUGGUUUCUUUGCUGAUUUGUUCGACUUUCGAUCCACUGAACAACGAGUAAAGGAUGAAUUUAAGACUUACAUAGAGUCCGAAGCAUUUAAGAAGUAUUUGAAAAAUUUGGAAGAUGAAUACAGGAGAAGAGGAUUUGACAUUUUUAUCUACUAUGUAGAUGCGGAGGCAGCAGGAAUAGAUGCAGAUAAGGCAACUUUACAAAACGAAAAGAGGAAUUUUACCAAGUGUCUGACCGCCAGAGCGAUUGCAGAUUUUCAUAACAAAGAAAACAGAGUAGCAUUAAUGGACGCAACAAGUGUCGGCAAAACGUUACGAGGUCGGCUAAGCGAUGAUGAAAUUGUAGCUGGUUUUGGUCCAGACCGUAUUUAUGGUGAAGAGGGUGAUGACAUAUUGUUUGGACGAGGCGGAAGUGACAGCAUUUUUGGUGGGCCAGGAAAUGAUUAUCUUAAUGGCGGAACAGGAAGGGACACUCUUCUCGGUGGAGAAGGUGACGAUUUUAUUGUCUGUGAGGCAGGUGUCGACAGACGGUGUGAGGGUGAGGAAGGA